CGCGCGUGGAACCUUUUGCUAGCAUCCCCUUCGUGUUUUUAACCACCAAAGUCUUUCACUAAGCCUUCGUUUUUUAUCUUUUUGCUCUUAUUCUGACACAGGAUACGCCACGACGCUUCCAGGUUAUAUUUUUAAACGUCAGGGUUUGUUUUUUUGUCCACUUUUUUUAUCCAGAGUUUGUACCUGCAGCCCUCUGAUUGUGGCGGAAGCUUCACGUGGACGUCAGGAGAGCUCAGAGACCGCUGAAGAAAAUCAAUAGUUAGCAUCGAUAGCAUCAGCUAACCUGAAAGAAAAUGGCAACCUUGGUUCUGGAGGAUGGAGAGAGGUUCAGAGGGCGACUUUUUGGUGCACAUGUGUCCGUGUCUGGAGAAGUUGUGUUUCAGACUGGCAUGGUGGGAUACCCUGAGGCUCUCACUGACCCGUCCUACAGCUGCCAGCUGCUGACUCUCACUUACCCUCUGGUGGGCAACUACGGGGUACCAAACGAUGAAGAGGGAGAGUUCGGACUCAGCAAAUGGUUUGAGUCGUCUAAGAUCCAUGCUGCGGCUCUGAUUAUUGGUGAAUUGUCAGAGAAUCCCAGAGCCCAAAAUAUUUAACCCAAGUGGUAGUUUGCGGAUUACGGUGGUUGACUGCGGAAUCAAGUAUAACCAGAUCCGCUGCCUGGCUCAAAGAGGAGCGUGUGUCACUGUUGUUCCGUGGGACCACCCGCUCGACAUCAACGGUUUUGAUGGUUUGUUCAUCAGUAAUGGUCCCGGGGACCCCCAGUUCUGUCAGGCCACCAUCAACAAUGUGAGGAAGGUGGUCAACGUGGAUCAGCCAAAACCAGUUUUUGGGAUCUGUCUCGGACAUCAGCUGAUUUCGUUGGUCAUUGGAGCCAAAACCUACAAGAUGAAGUAUGGUAACCGUGGCCACAACCAGCCAUGCAUCCACAACGGAACGGAUCGCUGCUUCAUCACCAGCCAGAACCACGGCUUCGCCGUCGACCCAGACACCCUGCCCAACGACUGGGACGUUCUUUUUACCAACGCCAACGACCACACCAACGAAGGCAUCGUGCACAACACCAAGCCCUUUUUCAGUGUUCAGUUCCACCCGGAGCACAUGGCCGGCCCCACAGAUCUGGUCAGCUUGUUUGAUGUUUUCCUCAGCACAGUUAAAGACUUCAAAGAGGGCAACACGACAACGUCUGUUAAGCAGCGUUUGAUGGACCACCUCACUUACCCCGAUUCUCCAAAGACCGAGGAGGUGGUCAGGCCAAGGAAGGUCCUCAUCCUGGGCUCUGGGGGGCUCUCCAUCGGCCAGGCUGGAGAGUUCGACUACUCUGGAUCCCAGGCUAUUAAAGCUCUGAAGGAGGAGAACAUCCAGACUGUGUUGAUCAACCCCAACAUAGCCACGGUGCAGACCUCCAAAGGUCUGGCAGACAAAGUCUACUUCCUGCCGAUCACUCCAGAAUACGUCACUCAGGUGAUCAAAAAUGAGCGUCCGGACGGCGUCCUGCUAACCUUCGGCGGUCAGACGGCUYUGAACUGUGGCGUGGAGCUGAGGAAGAUGGGCGUCCUGGAGAAGUAUAAAGUGAAGGUUCUGGGAACGCCGGUGGCCUCCAUCGAGAUGACCGAGGACAGGAAGAUCUUUGUGGAAAAGAUGGAGGAGAUCAACGAGCACGUCGCUCCCAGUGAAGCAGCGCUGUCGGUGGAGCAGGCACUGGCGGCUGCUGAACGAUUGGGCUACCCCGUCUUGGUCCGCUCGGCGUUCGCUCUCGGCGGCCUAGGCUCUGGCUUCGCCAACAACCGAGACGAGCUCAUUUCUCUGGUAUCAGCGGCCUUCGCACACACCUCUCAGGUGCUGGUGGACAAGUCUCUGAAAGGCUGGAAGGAGAUCGAGUACGAGGUGGUCCGAGACGCCUACGACAACUGUGUGACUGUGUGUAACAUGGAGAACAUCGACCCUCUGGGGAUCCACACUGGAGAAUCCAUYGUGGUGGCACCAAGUCAGACGCUGAACGACCACGAGUACAACAUGCUGAGGAACACGGCCAUCAAAGUGAUCCGACACCUCGGCAUUGUGGGCGAGUGCAACAUCCAGUACGCCCUGAAYCCUGAAUCCUGUCAGUAUUACAUCAUCGAGGUGAACGCCCGUCUGUCACGGAGCUCUGCGCUCGCCAGUAAAGCUACUGGUUAUCCUUUGGCCUACGUCGCUGCUAAACUUGGUCUGGGGAUACCGCUGCCACAACUAAAAAAUUCUGUCACCAACUCAACGACGGCGAACUUUGAGCCCAGUUUGGACUACUGCGUGGUGAAAGUUCCUCGAUGGGAUCUCAGCAAGUUCCUCAGGGUUUCCACCAAGAUCGGCAGCUCCAUGAAGAGCGUCGGAGAGGUGAUGGCCAUCGGCCGGAGCUUUGAGGAGGCCUUUCAGAAAGCUCUGAGGAUGGUGGACGAGAACUGCGUCGGCUUCGACCACACCAUCAAACCCGUCUCCGAAAAGGAGUUGCAGACUCCCACCGAUAAACGUAUUUUCAUUUUGGCGGCGGCGCUCCGAGCCGGCUACACAGUGGAUCAGCUGUACGAGCUCACCAAGAUCGACCGCUGGUUCCUGCAUAAGAUGAAGAACAUCGCCGACCACGAGCAGCUGCUGGAGACCUACAACCAGGAUGAGAGCGCCAUGCCUCCAGAGGUGAUGCGUAAGGCCAAACAGCUGGGCUUCUCAGACAAACAGAUCGCUCAGGCUGUUCAGAGCACAGAGUUGGCCGUCCGAAAGCUGCGUCACGAUUGGUCCAUCCUGCCUGUCGUGAAGCAGAUCGACACGGUGGCGGCCGAGUGGCCCGCCCACACCAACUACCUGUACCUGACCUACCACGGCUCUGAAGAYGACCUGAGCUUCAGCGAGCAGCACGUCAUGGUGAUCGGCUCGGGCGUGUACCGCAUCGGCAGCAGCGUGGAGUUCGACUGGUGCGCAGUCGGCUGCAUCACGGAGCUCAGGAAGAUGGGUUAUAAAACAAUCAUGGUGAACUACAACCCAGAGACGGUCAGCACAGAUUACGACAUGUGUGAUCGUCUGUACUUCGAUGAGAUCUCCUUUGAGGUGGUGAUGGAUAUCUAUGAGAGAGAAAACCCAGAAGGGGUGAUCCUCUCCAUGGGGGGCCAGCUGCCCAACAACAUCGCCAUGUCGCUGCAUCGCCAGCAGUGCCGCAUCCUGGGAACGUCGCCCGAGUUCAUCGACAGCGCCGAGAACAGGUUCAAGUUCUCCAGAAUGCUGGACACCAUCGGCAUCAGCCAGCCGCAGUGGAAGGAGCUGUCCGACACCGAGGACGACCAGCUGAAGGUCAUCGAAUGCAACGUCCGAGUUUCCCGCUCCUUCCCCUUUGUAUCCAAGACUCUGGGAGUUGACCUGGUUGCUCUGGCCACGCAGGCCAUCAUGGGAAUUGAAGUGGAGACGAUCGGUUUCAUGAGUGGGAAAGGGAUCGUGGGAGUGAAGGUUCCACAGUUCUCCUUCUCCCGGCUGGCCGGAGCCGACGUGGUGCUCGGGGUGGAGAUGACCAGCACUGGAGAAGUGGCCUGCUUCGGGGAGAACAGAUACGAAGCGUACCUGAAGGCCAUGCUCUCCACCGGCUUCAAGAUCCCCAAGAAGAACAUCCUGCUCUCCAUCGGCAGCUAUAAGAACAAAAGUGAGCUGCUGCCCACGGUUCAAGCUCUGGAGUCUCUGGGGUACGACCUGUAUGCCAGCAUGGGGACUGCUGACUUCUACACAGAACAUGGAGUCAAGGUGACGGCRGUAGAUUGGCCGUUUGAGGAGGAAGAGAGUGAUUGUCCCACCAAAGAGAGGCAGCGCAGCAUCAUGAACUACCUGGAGGAGAACCACUUCGACCUGGUCAUCAACCUCUCCAUGAGGAACAGCGGAGGGCGAAGGCUGUCCUCCUUCGUCACCAAAGGUUAUCGCACCAGACGUAUGGCCGUCGACUACUCCGUUCCUCUCAUCAUCGACAUCAARUGCACCAAACUCUUUGUUCAGGCUCUUCAUCAGAUUGGUCGAGCUCCGCCGGUGAAAACUCACAUCGACAGCAUGACGUCUCAGACUCUGGUCCGCCUGCCCGGUCUGAUUGACGUCCAUGUUCAUCUACGGGAGCCGGGGGCCACUUAUAAAGAGGACUUCUCCUCUGGGACCGCCGCCGCUCUGGCAGGAGGCGUGACUCUGGUGUGCGCCAUGCCCAACACGUCUCCCGCCGUAACGGACGCCAACACUCUGGCGCUCGUACAGAAGCUGGCCAAAGCAGGCUGCCGCUGUGACUACGCUCUGUACGUGGGCGCGUCUUCAGACAACGCCGCCGCGCUGCCCUCCAUCGCCACGCAGACGGCCGCUCUGAAGAUGUACCUGAACGACACCUACUCCACCCUCAAAAUGGACAACGUCUCUCUCUGGAUGGAGCACUUUGAGAAGUGGCCCAAGCAGAUCCCCAUCGUAGCUCACGCUGAGAAGCAGACGGUGGCCGCCAUCCUGAUGGUGGCUCAGCUCUACCAGCGGCCGGUUCACAUCUGCCACGUGGCCAAAAAGGAGGAGAUCUUGAUAAUCCGGGCAGCCAAGCAGAAGGGCAUCCAGGUGACGUGUGAGGUGGCUCCUCAUCACCUCUUCCUGUGUGAGGAGAACGUAGCCGAUAUCGGCGAGGGACGAGCGCAGGUUCGACCCAUGUUGGGAACCCGCGAGGACAUGGAGGCGCUCUGGGAACACCUGGACGUCAUCGACUGCUUCGCCACAGAUCACGCUCCUCACUCUGUGGAGGAGAAGAACUCAGAGCGUCCUCCUCCUGGUUACCCUGGCCUGGAAACCAUGCUGCCGCUGCUSCUGACCGCCGUCAGCGAUGGCCGCCUGACUCUGGAUGAUAUCAUCAAACGUCUUUAUGACAACCCACGCAAGAUUUUUAACCUGCCCGUGCAGGAGAACACCUACGUGGAGGUGGAUCUGGAGCAGGAGUGGGUUGUUCCUCAGACCAUGCAGUUCACAAAAUCCAAAUGGACCCCUUUCCAAGGGAUGAAAGUGAAGGGGAAAGUCCGUCGCGUGGUCCUCCGAGGAGAGGUGGCGUACAUCGACGGCCAGGUGCUGGUACCUCCUGGUUAUGGUGAAGACGUAAAGACUUGGUCCGUCUCUGUGAUCCCCCCAGCUGAGCCUGUCAAGGAAACCCCACUGUCUCCAGAGCGAGCACGGCCGACUCCUCCCCGUGAGGGACACGUUCGAACUCGACCYCCAAGUCCUCGACGCUCUACUGGAGAGUCUCGUUUCCUGCUUCCACCUCGCAUCCACCGCUCCUCCGAUCCCGGACUGCCCCCCGAUAUGACCAUGCUUCCACUGGCCUGUGCCAGCGACGGUUACAGCCAUCCUCCACCUCUGUCCAGGCUGCUGUCUCCUCUGUCUGAGCCGAGACAGACCAGUGUGUCCCAGGUGUCCCAUCUGCAGAUGUCUCCUCUGCUGCACCCCCUGGUGGGCCAGCACAUCCUGACCGUCAGCCAGUUCAGCAAAGAGCAGAUGUCGCACCUUUUUAAUGUCGCCCACACGUUGCGCUUGAUGGUUCAGAAGGAGCGAAGCCUUGAAAUUUUGAAGGGUAAAGUCAUGGCYUCCAUGUUCUAUGAAGUCAGCACUCGCACCAGCAGCUCCUUCGCAGCAGCCAUGCAGCGUCUGGGCGGCUCGGUCGUCCACUUCAGCGAGUCCACGUCAUCCUCGCAGAAAGGAGAGUCUCUGUCCGACUCGGUCCAGACCAUGAGCUGCUACGCCGACGUCCUGGUGCUUCGACACCCGACGCCUGGAGCCGUCGAGAAUGCAUCCCGUCACUGCCGUAAGCCUGUGAUCAAUGCAGGCGACGGUGUGGGGGAACAUCCAACCCAGGCCCUGCUGGACGUCUUCACCAUCAGAGAGGAGCUCGGGACGGUCAACGGCAUGACGAUUACAAUGGURGGGGAUCUGAAACACGGCCGCACCGUGCACUCCCUCGCCAAACUGCUGACCCAGUACCGCAUCACCCUGCGCUACGUGGCGCCCAAAAACCUCCACAUGCCAGCAGAGAUCCUCAGCUACGUGGCCUCAAAGGGAAUCAAACAGGAGGAGUUUGAGAGCAUAGAGGAGGCUCUCCCUGACACGGAUGUCCUUUACAUGACGAGGAUCCAAAAGGAGAGGUUUGGAUCUGAGGAGGAGUACAAAGCUUGCUUCGGUCAGUUCAUCCUCACUCCUCACAUCAUGACUGUGGCUAAAAAGAAGAUGGUGGUGAUGCAUCCACUGCCCAGAGUCAACGAAAUCAGUGUGGAGGUGGAUACGGACCCCAGGGCGGCGUACUUCCGUCAGGCAGAGAACGGCAUGUACAUUAGAAUGGCCCUCCUGGCCACCGUACUGGGCAAAUAAAUCCAGUACGGUUCGUUUUUCAGCAGAACCGAUGGAACAGAAGACCUCUGGGUUCUCUUAUCUUCAGGUUAUUUCCUAGAAUUUCUCAUUUCCAGCUCUGAGACAGGAAAACUUCACUGUAGGUCAUGACGUUUAAGUCAAAAUGUUUUUAAGUAAUAUGCUGCUCUACAGCCCUGCUACACUAAAAUUCCAUAUUUACACCWUCCAGCUGCAAUAGUUGAUUUAUUUACAUCUUUACGUUUACAGAAACUUAACAGAUUAUAGACCAGGAGUACUUUGUGGUUUGAGGUGUUCAACAGGACCCUCUUUAUUUCUGURUGAGUGAGCCAUGAAGGGGGCGGGAAGGAAAGCUGGCAUUAAAAUGAAUAUUUUUAUACUUUGAAAUAUGUGUUUUGGUGUCUGGAUGAGAAAGUAUUAUUUAAAGAAACCCACUGUUAAAAAAGCUUAUUUUCUAAUGUAAUAAUUUAAUUUUUUUUAAUAACAUCAGCCGUUAUAGAAUUGGUCACAUUUUCUCAAAUCACCUGUCUUUGAUUGGUUUAUGGRUAUUUUCUGUAACUUUCAAGGAUUCAUUAUGCUGUAAAAGUUUGGAAACCAAUUUACAUAAAAGAUGAACUAUGGCAGUCAUGGGUUUAAUAACUUCAUAUAAAGGAAAAAUAAAGUUGAAUUUUUCUUAA